AUGACUUGCCAAGCAUUUGCUUCAUCCGACAAUUUUGUACCCUUGAAUUCUGACUCUUCUCCCUCCCUGCCUCUGAUAAUGCAUCACAGCGCAGCAGAGUGCCUGCCCGUUUCUAACCAUGCGACCAGUGUUGUCUCCACAGUCCCGUCUGUUUUGUCUUUGAUACAAACUCCUAAAUGUUCCCAUCUCCAUUUUGCCAUGAUGACUUCGGGAAAUGUGUCAGCAGGACUUCACUACUCUGUGCCCUCCUGUCACUAUGGAAAUCAAACCUCUACCUAUGGAGUGAUGACAGGUAGCCUGACUCCUUGCCUCUAUAAGUUCCCUGAGCAUGCCCUGAGUGCCAGCUCUUGUGCCCUGGGCCACAGCUUCACACCAAUGCACCAGACGCUCCUCAGUGAUGAUCCCACAGCUGCAGACUUCAAGCAGGAAUUCCGCAGGAAAAGCAAGUCUGUGGAAGAGCCUGUCGACAUGGAUUCCCCUGAAAUCAGGGAACUGGAGAAAUUCGCUAAUGAAUUCAAACUGCGGAGAAUUAAACUAGGUUAUACACAAACCAACGUUGGUGAAGCACUGGCUGCUGUGCACGGCUCUGAAUUCAGUCAAACUACCAUUUGCCGCUUUGAGAACUUGCAGCUAAGCUUUAAGAAUGCAUGCAAACUGAAAUCAAUACUGUCCAAGUGGCUGGAAGAAGCAGAACAAGUGGGAGCUUUAUACAAUGAAAAAGUUGGCGUGAAUGAGAGGAAGAGGAAGCGCAGAACCACCAUAAGUAUUGCUGCCAAAGAAGCCCUGGAGAGGCACUUUGGAGAACAAAGCAAACCUUCUUCUCAGGAAAUCAUGAGGAUGGCUGAGGGGCUUAAUCUUGAGAAGGAAGUUGUGAGAGUUUGGUUUUGCAACAGAAGACAAAGGGAAAAAAGAGUGAAGACAAGUCUGCAUCAGAACGCCUUUAGCUCUAUUAUCAAGGAGCACCACGAGUGCCGGUAAAGCUUUUUCAUGUGUAGCUGUGGGUUCCUGUUUUGCUUUAUUUUAAGUGCUUUGUUGUUUAAAAAAACAAAACAAAACAAAACAAAAAAAAUGGUAAAACACUUGAUUCCUUUACAAGCUAGCCAGCUUCAGAUGCAAUUUGGUAUAGAAGGCCUGAUUUCAUUGUAAAAUAUUGGGGGAAAAAAUGCUAUUGCAUAUAUCUGAACUUUUGAAGGCCUAACUUCAAGGAACCUAUUAGGCAUCACUCAACCAGAAAUGCUUUAGAAAUAGCACAUGUAGUUGCAGUUUCCCUGUGCUAUGCCUUCACAGUCCAAAUUGUACUGAAUGGUUAACAGAGAAUCCCUGUUGUAGGUACAGGCAUGAGGAAACAAAUUCUUUGUGUUACUCGUGAAGAAAGGUUACAAAGCUUGGUGUCAGCAGCUGUAGUUCAUGAAAGAUUUUUGCCUCAGCCUGUCUACACACGUGCCAUACCCCUAGCCCUUCUAUCUUCAUGGUAGCUAUCUAACUGAACUAAUCUUUAUGAGAUGAUGAGCCAUUAGGCACAUUACAUGGUGCCACCCCCAGCAUUGAACACUGAGUUCACUAAAUUAAACGUUGAAAAGAAAUUAGAACUUUGAGGAAGAGGAGAACAUGAAGAAGUGAUCUUAAGCUCGCAGUGUUGAUAAUGUUGAGUAUCUAUCUAUGGCCAAAGAUGGGAUCCUGGAGGACUGUCACUGGAUGUGAGUGAUCCAGGAAGGCAGUAGAGGAAUGCGAGCUGAGGACUGAAAAGCUGCCUUCCAAAAACUGGCUGAUAUUCAGGGACAAGCUCACAGCUGCUGUACAUCUCCGAACUGAACUACUGCAGGUAGUCUUGGGUCUUUUCAAGGUGAAGAUAUGAAAGAUGUGCCAUAGCUACUGUCUUUAUUUAUGGUAGAAUAAGCUUACCAACACUGAAGUGUCAACAUGGCUCCUCACGUGUUCUCGGUUUCAGUGUACCACUGCCUUAAACAGGUGGCAAGUUGAAGUAACAUUUUCCAGUGCUAGUUAUCAAAGGUAUUUUCUGCCAAUUCACUGCAUGCCUUAAGGUCUGAUUUGGGUAGGUUUAGCUAUUACCUUAAGAGUUUAUGGCUAGAUGGGAAAAAGUAGUUAAUUAUUACUUCAGGCUUUCUCUGCUUUAUAUUUUUUUAAGAUUAAAUCCUUUUGUGGACACACUUAAAUGAGAGAGUGUAUUAAGUGAAAAAACAAGGCUCUUUUGCUUUGAAACAAGUAGCCAAAUCAUUUAUUGCACUGUACGUUCCCACUCUCUUACACCUCAACAACUGAGAAUAACCCCUUUUCAUCCUGUAGCCUGGAGAGAAAAUAAGGCAAAAAAGAACAAUAAAAACUAACAAAACAA